AUGGCAGGCAAAGAAGCGAUCGUCAUCUCUGACUCGGACUCUGAUACGCUUAGCGAGUCGGAGAGGCCACUACCACCUCCUCCCAAACAAGCAACAACUUCAAGAUCGGCGGUCGUCAAGCAGCGGAACGGCCAGGACGACAUGAAAGAGCAAGUUCCAGAAGCUGGCCCCUCAGCUCCUCCCAGCACAGCAGCAAAUGGUCUCUUGGGUCUGAUUCCAAAUCGACGUCAACUUGAACUCGAAAGAAAAGAACGUGCACGCAAGCGAAGAAGGGAGCAAGGUCUCGCAUCCUCCUCUAGCGAAGACGAAGAGACGCAGGUCGAAGCCAAACGCAGCAAGCCCCACCAAGCCUUACCAUCAGCUCAGCAGGAUCCACAUGCGCCGCUACACAAACCAGCGCAAAUAGUAGAGAGAGGCAAAUCUUCAUCAACGACUAGCAACACCCCAUCCAGCUCCUCUUCGGGCUCGAGCUUCUCAAGCGCAACAUCCCCAAUCAACCCCAAAUCCCGUUUCUGGACUGGCACAAUCAAACACGGCUAUAACACCUACGCCUCCAUUUCCCUCUCCGGCAUCACUAUCCCCUCACUCAUUCUCCCUGCCACCCCCUCCUCCCGUAACACACUUCAACUUGCCGUCCUUGCGACCUACGAUCUCCGCAUGGAUUGGCUCUAUUCCCUCUUCCCCCGCAAUCUCCCCGUCACUCUCAUCCUUCCACCUCCGAAGGAGGAUUACAGAUCAGGAGACCCGACUAUCGCACGACCAGGGCUGUAUCCAAGCGAAGUGUUCGGUGGGUUUGAACGCUUUCCCGGGUGGAAAAUAUGUGUUCCGAAUAAACCGAAGGGUGGAUGGUUGACACAGCAUAUGAAGUUUUUGGUGCUGGUUCAUGAGGGGUGGUUGAGGGUGGCGAUCGCUAGUGGGAAUUUGAAUGAGGUUGAUUGGAGCAGGAUUGAGAAUGGGGUAUUUAUACAGGAUUUCCCGCUAAAAGGUGGCGAAGGGAGUAGUGCAAGAGCCGAGGGGAGAGGAGGGGUGGAAAACGAUUUCAAAGAGCAACUCACCCUUGUUCUGAAGUCGUUAAGCGUUCCACCUUCACAUCCCGUGUGGACUGCGCUGGACAGGUUUGACUUCUCAUUAGGCGGAGCUCGGGCGAGGAUCGUAGCUUCCUGGCCAGAAGCAAGCUCUCUUCAGGGUUGGGAUAGGAUCGAGACGCAAGGUCUAGGCAGACUGGGCAAAGUGGUGAGGGAUUUAGAUAUCCCAGCUGUGAAGGGUGGGAUGGAGGUCGAGUGCCAGGGCAGUUCGUUAGCGAAUCACGAUUUGAAGUGGAUCGAACACUUUCACUUACUCGCUUCGGGAGUGGACCCGCGAGGGAAACUUCCUUUCAAAGGUAAACCGAACGAAGCGCAUCCCGAAUACAGAAGAGCAAUUGGAGGCGUAGGAGGGGCUUUGCCGCCUGUGAAGGUUGUUUUCCCGCACCAUAGGUAUGUUGAGCAAGAAACGGUGGAGGGGCCGAUGGGUGCGUUGAGUUUCUUUGGUAAGGCUGAAACGUUCUCUUCUUCGCCGAUAAAAAGGCUAUACUACAGUCCACAGUCAAGAAGAGGAGACGUAAUGAUUCAUGCCAAGUCUCUCCUUGCACUUACUCCAAAGGGCGCAACGAUCGUCGAUCAAGCCUUUUGGACUGCUGCUGACGCUCAACUGCCUGGUAGCAGCCGACAGCCCCUACCGAGGCAAGGGGAGGACGAAUGGCUGCCGAACCCGGGAGAAACACCAAUAGGAUGGAGUUAUUUGGGGAGUAGCAACUUCACUCGGGCCGCACACGGAAACAUCUCUGGAACCGUACAGAAGCCGACGCAGAGUGGGAGCAAUUGGGAGCUGGGUGUGGUGAUGCCGAUCUAUGCUUCAGAAGUGGAGAAGUUCGGUGUGGAAGCGGAGAGUUUGAGGCCGAUCGUAUAUCAUCGACCUCUACAGCAGUAUGGGUCUGAGGAUACGCCUUGGGAUAACUCUUCGGCUUUGGCGAUGUUCUAA